AUGUUCGAUUCCUCGUUUGUUGGUGCCAUAGCCAUUGGAGACCUUGUUAAAACUACUCUGGGACCUAAAGGGAUGGACAAAAUCCUGCUCUCUUCCGGGGAUUCCGUCGUUGUCACAAAUGACGGUGCCACAAUCUUGAAAUCCAUUGGUGUGGAUAACCCAGCAGCGAAAAUUUUGGUUGUUCAGGACGACGAAGUCGGCGAUGGCACCACCUCAGUGACCGUUUUGGCUUCGGAGCUUCUCAGAGAAGGUGAACAACUGAUUAAUGCAAAGUUGCAUCCCCAAACUAUUGUGCAAGGAUGGCGUGAGGCGUCAAAGUUGGCGAUUGCAGCUCUAAAUUCGGUUGCCGUGGAACACAACAAAGAGAAAGUCGAAAGUCAUUCGGAUCCCGCUUUUCGUGAGAAGUUGAUGAAUAUAGCUAGAACUACAUUGAGCUCAAAGCUUUUGUAUCAGCACAAAGAGCACUUCGCUAAAUUGGCUGUUGAUGCUGUUCUGAGACUUAAAGGAAGUGGGAAUCUGGAUGCCAUUCAGAUCAUCCAAAAGCUUGGUGGGACGAUGACAGAUUCAUACCUGGACGAAGGUUUCCUGUUAGACAAACGUCCCGGGGUUAAUCAACCGAAACGUGUGGAGAACGCUCGGAUUUUGAUUGCAAAUACACCUAUGGAUGCAGACAAAAUCAAAGUGUUUGGUAGCAAAAUUCAGGUGGAUGCCAUAUCAAAAGUUGCUGAAUUAGAAGUCGCCGAAAAACAAAAAAUGAAGGAGAAAGUUGAAAAAAUUCUGAAACAUAACUGUUCAGUGUUUAUCAAUAGGUGA